GUGACGUCGACGACGGUUUCUUGUCCGAUGAAGAUAUUGUGUCCAGAACCGAGUUUCCCGAGAGUUGGCUGUGGCAAGUGGAACGUCUGAAUGCACCUCCCAAUGAUGAGGGGAUCUCAUCGAAGACACUGUCGGUUUUCCUGAAAGAUUCCAUCACAACCUGGGAAGUGCUGGCCGUGAGCAUUUCGGAGACUAAAGGGGUCUGCGUGGCUGAUCCUUAUGAGAUCGUAGUGAUGAAGGACUUCUUCAUCGACCUGCGGGUGCCUUACUCGGUAGUGAGAAACGAGCAGGUGGAGAUCCGGGCUGUCCUCUACAACUAUCGCGAACAACCAAUCACG